UGUUUUUAUAUGUGUGUGGCUUUUGUGGUGUAGGAACGUACUUUUUGCGUUGUGCGUGCCGCGGGAAACAUCGAUCGAUAGUUCGAUCGAGUGGGUUUUAUAGGUUCAAUUUAGUUAAAGCAUAACAAGUGAUUGAAAUUAGUAAUGUUAAUUUAUGAUUUUUGAAAAGAAUCUAAACAAUAUGCAUCUACACAUAAUAUUCUGCUUGCCUUUAUUUCUUUAUGUAUCCAGUGAAUUUGUAUGGAAACAUCAUAACAACGAAGAAUUAAUUUUAGUUUUGGAAGAGAUUCAUGAGAAAUGUCCAAAUAUAACUAGAGUAUACUCUCUUUCUGAACCUUCGGUCCGCAACGUUCCCCUCUAUGUCAUAGAAUUUUCGGACAAUCCAGGAUUUCAUCAAGCCUAUAAACCAGAGGUAAAAUAUAUUGGAAAUAUCCAUGGAAAUGAAGUGCUUGGUCGAGAAUUACUCUUGGGAUUAGCUGAUUACUUGUGUGAGCAAUAUUUGAAAUGGGAUCUCAGCAUUAUAGCACUCAUACACAGCACUCGUAUUCAUCUACUACCAUCAAUGAACCCAGACGGCUGGCAACUAGCUACAGAUACAGGUGGUAAAGAUUUUCUAAUAGGCCGUAAUAACAAUCACUCUGUAGAUUUAAACAGAAAUUUCCCGGAUUUGGAUGCUAUAACAUUUGAGUUCGAGCGUCAGGGUGUCAAUCAUAAUAAUCAUCUGUUGAAAGAUUUGGCUCGCCUUGCUGAACCUUUGGAGCCUGAAACCCGAGCUGUUAUGCGAUGGAUUAUGUCUGUCCCAUUCGUUUUGAGUGCAGCUAUGCAUGGAGGGGACCUAGUGGCCAACUACCCUUACGACGCAAGCCGUAGUGGAGCUCCCGUGUCUGAGUACUCUGCAAGCCCUGAUGAUGACACUUUCAGGGAACUGGCCUUGACGUAUGCGUAUGCGCACGCGGAUAUGGCAUCAGCGACCAGGAGAGGGUGUCACACCAACAGUCAAGAAGGUUCGUCGUAUAACUUCGGCAAGCAAGGCGGCGUUACCAACGGUGCUGCUUGGUAUAGUUUAAAAGGAGGCAUGCAAGAUUUCAAUUACCUAGCAACAAACGCAUUCGAAAUCACUCUGGAACUGGGCUGUGAGAAAUACACGCCGGAAGAAAAGCUAGCUGAAGAGUGGGAGCGGAAUCGGGAGGCGCUGCUAGCUUACAUAUGGAAAGCGCACGUGGGCGUGAAGGGGCUGGUUAGCGAUGACUCUGGCUUCAUCCAAAACGCGGUCAUCUCCGUCGUCAACAUCACCGGGCACAAUCCGCGGCCCAUACGCCACGACGUUACCACAGGUGUGUUCGGGGAUUACUACCGGCUUUUAACUCCGGGGCACUACGAGGUGACGGCGCAUCACCCCGGCUACUUCCCAGUGUCGCGCGCGGUCACCGUCCCGCAUUACCAAAACACCGCCAUCGUGCUCAACUUCCGGCUCGAGCCGACAUCGAACUGGUUCGACGACGCGACCGAGUUCGGUCAGUUCCCGCGCGGCGCCCGCGGCGGGCAGGCGCGCAUCUACAAGCGCUCCAUCUUCGACCAGGUCGUCAACACCAUGCUGGAUGAGGAACCUAAACAAAAUGUACACUGAAUAUUACAUUCGACACCCGAACACAUUCUGCUACGACGAUUAUCCACAAUCACAUUCCAAUCUUGAUUUUUAACUCUCCAUAAUGUCACUUGCUAAUGUUUUCAAAUGAUCGAAUUUUAUCGACAAGAAUUUUGGCAUAUUUUAAUAAUUUUGUUGAAUAGCUGUAAGUAGUGACACCACGGUUUGCUUGGAAAGAAGAAUAGGUCUAGUUGUAAAGGGUGGAAGAUAUUAUAAUAUGUGCAUUAACAUAGAAUUAUUUAAACAACUUUAAUUAACCGAUAACCGUUUAUAUAUCUAUGUCGAUUGAAAAUAUGCAUGUAGUUUUGAGAUCAAAUUUUUGUUUUGUGAUCACAACGUAGAAACCAAAAUGUGUAAAUAUUUACAAGAUAUUGGAUACUCGUGGUAGCGCUAUGUCCACAAGUUGUACUACAUUCCAUAUGGUAAACAAGAGUUAGUAAAUUUUUUAGUGAAGUACAUUCGUAAACCCAGCUCUUCGAGUGCCAUAGACGUAAAUAAUAUUAUUCUAUAGUUACCUUAUUUGUAUCAUAUUUAAAUGAUUUAGAAAAAGAAAUAAUUCUUGUCUAGUUUUAUUGUGUUCUUUAUAUUUUAAAUGUUUCUAGUCCAACUUUACCUGUUUUUUUCUAGGCUGCACUGUAUGUAUAUAUUAUAGGUAGUGUUUGUGUAGUCAAUGAGAAUUAAAUAUACUAUUUUUUAACUUUAAGAUGAAUUGCUGUUUGUAGUAAAUUUAAAAUAUGUACAUCUAAACUUAAAUCAUGUUCAAAAAAAGGUCCUCCUUUUACUUCUACUAAUGAAAAAAACGAGCUAUGAACUAGAACAAUCUAAAAUUACAUUUUACAAUUCUUGAUACUACAAAAAUAUUGUUUUAAUAGAUUUUUAAUAGACAAAAAUAGAUGAUCUCAAAAUAAACAUUAUUAAUGGUAAUUUUACGACUUUUGAUUAAGUGUGGUUUUCAGACCAAUUUUAAAAUAGCACUAAUAAUACGUUGACUAAAAAUAUCUUCUAACAAAAAUACCAUUCAAUAAACAAACUCCUCUUCAUGGCAUUUCCUCCCGCGACUUCAAAACCAGAUGCAUUUCUAAAUUGUUAAAAUGUAAUAACAUUUUAUUUUGUUAUCACAUUUAAAGAAUUUUAUAAAUUUUAAGUAAUGCCAAUAUUAAUCUUAUCUAUUGUAAAUGUGUAAGAGUGUUAAACACUAAUAAAGUAUUGUGGUUUGUGUGCA